AUGACAUUGUGCCGAUCAGGGCCUAGCUCUAGCUCUGUGCCAUGCCGAGCCAACGCGUCGUUGGGAGUGCGCUCCGAGUUGCUGUUAUGAAAACCCUUCCUAAGUGAGCAGCCAGUUAUGUUCCAACUGCAGUCGGCUUCAAAGGUGAUUUGACGUUGUGAUAAUGGCUAAGCUCGGAAGCAGUGUCGCAUGGACCCUUCUACUCCUGUGGGCCGUCGUUUCAACCACCAUAGCCGCCACUGCAAUCUCCCUUCUCUUAGUUCAAAGCCCCGCAGGCUUUUACGUCCAGCCAGAAGCAGAAGAGCUUCCCAAAGAGUACCCGCGUAGCCAUCUCAAAGCCCCGGCAUCGGCGGGCAAAUGCACCAACUGGAUUGCGAAGCCUCCAAGCGGAUGGGGUGUCCAGAAUCCAUGGACUUCCGUAAAGUACUUUUCUCGAAUCUCUCCAUGCCCUGUAGCGGGUCUGCCUAUAGAGGAGCUGGACAUGCACCUUAACUUCCGCCGCGCGUAUUCCCUCGGCUUCGAGCACGACGUGGAGGACAAGACGCAGGUGCUGCCCACCAUGCGCGCCGUGCUCGACCCCUCCAUGAACGCCAGGAAACGGCGUGUGCUGAUCGACCUGGGCGCGAAGAGCUUCGGCACGAGCGUGGCGUGGUUCCUGCACAUGUACCCGCUGGACUUCACGGAGGUGCACGCCGUCGAGGUCAAACCCACCGUCUUCCAACCGCCCGCUGGCCUCAAGGAGCUGAACAGCAUGGCGAUGGACCGCAAGUCACACGUGCUGCAGGCCCGGAGCGACUUCUCAGCGUUCCCCGCGUGGCUCAUUAAACGUGUACAUGCAUAUAACUUUUUCGUCUCCACAGCAGACAACCCGGAGCAGAACACAGUGAACGCCACGCGGUGGCUGCUGGAGGAGCUGAAGCUGACGGCGGGCGACAGCGUGGUGGUGAAGAUGGACAUAGAGACCUCGGAGUGGGGCAUCUUCGAAGAAUGGCUAACAAUGCCUGAGAUGCCUAAGAUUGUUGAUGAGUUGUUUGUGGAGAUACACUACAGCCAUCCCUCCAUGGCAGGUUUCAAUUGGUCGAAUUUCCCAAAAACACGGGAACAAGCCGGUGACAUCUUCAACAGGUUAAGGGCUGCUGGUUUCUAUGCACAUGCAUGGCCAUAAGUGGGCCAUGAUUACUGUACAUUGAGUACCAAAAUCCCCCGAGGGAAUAUUGAGGGUUGUUCUAAGACUUAGGGUUUCGGGUUGAGGGUACAUUGAAUGUUCAUGUGAGCUACGGAAGUUUUAGCCUUCCGUCAUUUUGGCGUACCCGAGCCAUCGGGCAAUUCGCUGUAAGUUCUCAUCACAAACCAGACCCCCUGUCUCAAACAAGCACUGUAGAGUGUCAGAACUCAGUCACGAACCACUGAUUUAA